AAAGUCAUGCAUGGAGCCUUGACUAGGAAACACCUUUUUCCCCCCCUUCAGUUUUUGUUUCUGUGGAUGUGUGUAUCUUAUUUCCAAAGAAAUCAAUGUUGUGAACAUUUGACUCAAUUUUGGUUUAAGGUCAAAAAGUUGAGCGAAAAACCUUGAAAAAGUGUCUGAUAAAAAGUGAUAGUGACAAUUUCAGAAUAUAUAGAGCCUGGAGUACACAAGGGUCGGAGAAGGAAAUAGAGAAUAGAGUACUUGCAUAUUCGGUAUAUAAAAAAACUUUGGGAAUUUGGGAGAGAAAAUGAUGAUCCAUAACUUUUUAUAGGGUUGUGGUGCAUAGUUCUCUAUAGAAUCGCUUCAUGGCUAGUGUUUACACUGUAGAUCCACAUCUUUUUUCUUCACCCUUUGAUAUUUCAAAGCAAAAUCCCUCUACCUUGAAUUUAGCUGCUCAAAGGAGAAUGGAAGGCCAUAGCGAGAUGGGUCAAAUCGGAGAAAGUUUUGAUACUAGUAAUUUGCUGGGGAGGCUGAGGGACGAUGAGUAUGAAAGCCGGUCUGGAAGUGACAAUUUUGAUGGCGGAUCUGGUGAUGACCAGGAUGCUGGGGAUGAUCAGCCACAUAAAAAGAAGAAGAAAUACCACAGACACACCCCUCAACAAAUUCAGGAGCUUGAAGCGUUUUUCAAGGAGUGUCCUCAUCCUGAUGAGAAGCAAAGAACUGAUCUUAGCAAGAGGCUUGGCUUGGAGAACAAGCAAGUCAAGUUCUGGUUUCAGAAUCGACGAACCCAAAUGAAGACACAACUGGAACGCCAUGAGAACAUGAUUCUUAGGCAGGAAAACGACAAGCUCCGAGCUGAGAACAGUGUAAUGAAGGAUGCUUUGGCAAAUCCGACAUGUAACAACUGUGGUGGCCCAGCCAUUCCUGGUCAAAUUUCCUUGGAGGAGCACCAAACUAGAAUGGAAAAUGCUCGACUGAAGGAUGAACUGAACCGAAUAUGUGCAUUGGCAAACAAGUUCCUGGGCCGGCCACUCUCGCCACUGGCCAGUCCUAUGGCUCUGCCACCCUCAAAUUCUGGUCUAGAGCUUGCUAUUGGAAGAAAUGGAAUUGGUGGUCCAAGCAAUUUUGGCAUGUCCUUGCCAAUGGGAUUUGAUGUGGGAGAUGGAGUUAUGGGCUCCUCACCUGGGAUGUCUAGUAUGGGUGCUAGAUCACCAAUGGGAAUGAUGGGAAAUGAAAUCCAGCUUGAGAGAUCUAUGCUUUUAGACCUUGCAUUAAAUGCUAUGAAUGAAUUAAUUAAGAUGGCUCAGCCAGAUACCUCUCUUUGGAUUAAGAGCUCUGAUGGCAGGAAUGAAGUACUCAACCAUGAUGAGUAUGCAAGACUGUUUUCUCCUUAUGUUGGAUCAAAACCUGCUGGUUAUGUGACUGAAGCUACAAGAGGGACCGGAGUAGUACCAGCCAGCAGUUUGGGCAUUGUUGAAACAUUGAUGGAUGUGGAUCGAUGGGCGGAGAUGUUUUCAUCUAUGAUUGCUAGUGCUGCCACUUUGGAAGUACUGUCUAGUGGCAUGGGUGAAAGCAGAAGUGGAGCUUUGCAAGUGAUGCUUGCUGAGGUUCAAUUGCUUUCUCCACUAGUCCCUGCUCGUUCAUUGAGUUUCCUCAGGUAUAGCAAGCAGCACGGCGAAGGUGUAUGGGCUGUGGUUGAUGUUUCAGUUGACAUUGGUCGUAAUGUUACCAAUUCACAUCCAUUAAUGAGCUGCAGGAGGCUUCCCUCUGGCUGUGUUAUUCAGGAUAUGCCCAAUGGUUUCUCCAAGAUUACUUGGGUUGAACAUUCCCAAUAUGACGAGAGUGUUGUCCACCAACUUUAUCGCCCAUUGGUUAGUUCUGGCAUUGGCUUUGGUGCUCAGAGAUGGAUUGCCACCCUCUUAAGGCAGUGUGACUGCUUGGCAAUCCUCAUGUCUCAAAUCCCAUCUGAGGACCCCACAGUCAUUAGCCUAGAGGGUAAGAAAAACAUGCUGAAGCUCGCACAACGCAUGACCGAGUACUUCUGCUCAGGGAUCUGUGCUUCGUCUGUGCGCAAGUGGGAAAUACUGAACAUUGGUAAUCUGGCUGAUGACAUGAGAAUCAUGGCCCGGAAAAUCAAUAUGGAUGACCCAACUGAGGCUCCUGGCAUUGUGCUGAGUGCUUCAACUUCUGUUUGGAUGCCGGUGUCACGGCAAAGGGUGUUUGAUUUUCUGCGUGAUGAAAAUUUGAGAGGCGAGUGGGACAUGCUGUCCAAAGAUGGACCAAUGAAGGAGAUGCUCCAUAUUGCUAAAGGACAAGAUCGUGGAAAUUGUGUUUCCAUCCUUCAUUCUGCUAAUAGCGAGUGCAAUGUGCUAUAUCUGCAAGAAUCAUGGACUGAUGCUUCCGGCUCAUUGGUAGUGUAUUCCCCGAUCAACAUGCAAGCCUUGAACAUGGUGAUGAACUGUGGAGAUUCAUCAUUUGUCGCUCUCCGCCCAUCAGGCUUUGCUAUUCUGCCAGAUGGCGCUUCAAACAACGGUGAUGGCAGUGAUGGUGGUGGCAGCUGCCUGCUUACAGUUGGGUUACAAAUGUUGCCAAAUGGAGACCAAUCAACCAAGUUCACAAUGGAGUCAGUUGUUACUGUCAAUAGCCUCAUCUCAAACACCAUUCAGAAGGUCAAAGAUGCACUUGGAGUUGCGUGAUCCAUUUCUUUAAGACUUAAAUAUGAUCACAAACAAAAAAGACUUUUUUUUUUCUUUUGAAAGAAAACAUAAUAGAGGGUUUUAUAUUUUGGGUGUAUAGAGUAUAUCUAGAGUAGAGAAAGAGGCUGAGGCAGAAAAGGGUUUGAGUCAAGAACGAACCAACCGCGAAUGCUUUGUGGUGGUUCGGGUAUUGACUCGUUACUUGUUAUAAGUCUUAGCUUUUACUUGUCCAAAAGGAUAUGUUGUGUGUUAUUCUUACACCCUUUACUUAAGAGUAAAGUGAAACUGCUCAACUUUGCUGCUAUUAGUUGUCAAUGUUCGUUUCUUGAAUGCAUUUUCAUAUUUUGGUUCA